AUGGCGUCUUCUUUCCGACGUAAGGUGUCAACAAGCGAGGAAGCUCUGCCUUUCGGUGAGGAAGCUGAAGAAAACAAUUGCUACAUCACGAGUCUGAGUAAUGAAAUCCUUCUAUACGUUUCGACAUACAUGGACGCUAGAUCAGUUAUACGACUCAGUAAAACUUGUCGACGACUUCGUGAUGGUGUCAGAUUUAGCGACCCUUUAUGGAAGGAACGCCUUCGACGAGACUUCGAACUGGAUCUUCGAAUAAAACGUCCUUUUAAGUCAUUCUACGAUAUCUACCGGCUGGUUUCAAUGUCUCGCACUUUGACUAAGAUUUAUCUAUCUGAGAGAUUUUACUCGUCGGGAAAAUACGGGUAUCUACCUGGGUGGCUAUGGACAUGGAUCACUUUGAAUACCAGUGCGCCAGAGCUUCCAUCGUGGAUCAGGAACCACAGAGAGAAGUUUCUACGGAUCAAAGUGAGCGAGUUACCUCUUGGGCGAAUCCAGAGGGCUUGGAAUUUAGCCGCAGGAGAUUUCUCUGGUGUGCGCGAGGUACGAAAUGAGAGAGGUACAAUCUAUUACAGUUGGUCGGACGUUCAUAAAGUUUUUUUUGCUAAAUACGGUGGGCUUCCUGAAUUGACUGCACACUCGCUCAAACGAUGCUCACGCGCAAAGAGACAUCUCGAGCGAAGCUUUACCGAACUGACAACAGAGGAAGGCCCUAGUCAAAAUCAGGCAGCUCAAGCACUUAUAACCUUUUCUCUACCAAACAACUUAUUCACUACGACGUGUGGAUUGUCGCACCUUUUUCGGUCAAUCUGA